ACCAUUCAUUCCAUAAAUACAAUUCAUAAUUCAAAAUUAAUUGAGUGGGUUUUGUUAUUUUAGGUUGGAGUGACAGGACAAACAAGAUUGUUCAAUUUUGCAUACCCUCAAACUUCCCUUGCAUAUCAACAAUUUAAUCAAUCUCCCUUUCUUUUUCAUUCACCAAAAAUAUAUAUAAAACCAAAAACCCACCUUGAUGAUUGCCUGUUCCUAAAUUACGAUUACCAUUUUCAAAGGCAGACAAACAUGUCCGAGAAUAUUCAGUCCAACUCCCCUUCGCUUUCCCUUCUCUCUUUCUUCUUUCUCUGAAAGGUAUGGAGUGUUUUGACAUCCGGAAGAUAUCAUGGUGCAGUGCCUAGACGGAUUAAAGCAUUUGUGUGCCACUCUGGUAAAUUGUUGUGAUGCAGAUUCGUCAAAGCAACCUAGAGGUUUAGAAAAUCCAGAAGUUCUUGCAAGAGAGACAGUGUUUAGUGUAAGUGAGAUUGAAGCGCUGUAUGAACUGUUCAAGAAGAUCAGCAGUGCAGUGAUUGAUGAUGGCCUGAUUAAUAAGGAAGAAUUUCAGUUGGCAUUGUUCAAGACGAAUAAGAAAGAGAGCUUAUUUGCAGAUAGGGUGUUUGACUUGUUUGAUACAAAGCACAAUGGCAUACUUGAUUUUGAAGAGUUUGCACGGGCUCUCUCUGUCUUUCAUCCCAAUGCACCAAUUGAUGAUAAGAUUGAGUUUUCAUUCCAAUUGUAUGAUCUCAAACAGCAAGGUUUCAUUGAAAGGCAAGAGGUAAAACAAAUGGUAGUGGCCACUCUGGCUGAAUCUGGCAUGAAUCUUUCAGAUGAUGUGGUCGAAAGUAUUAUUGACAAGACAUUUGAGGAAGCUGAUACCAAACAUGAUGGGAAGAUUGACAAGGAAGAAUGGCGAAACCUUGUGUUGAGGCAUCCAUCUCUUCUGAAAAAUAUGACACUUCAGUAUCUCAAAGAUAUCACCACUACAUUUCCCAGUUUUGUUUUUCACUCACAAGUUGAUGAUACCUGAGGCAACUACAUCAUGCAUGUCAAGUUCAGUGUUCUUGACUGGGAGUGAUUUUCGAUUGGCUUGUGAAUGAUGGGGUUUGGUGUGAAGGGUUCACUAAAGGGGUGGAUAUGGACUUUGUUUAUAUUUUCAUUAUGAGUAGAACUUUGUCUUCCCGUUUUGGAUGGAUGAGGUUUAUAGAUUGAAUGAAUGGGUUUGCUUAUUUAUUUACUUCAUUUGAGAAUAAAAGGGGGAACAAAAUAGAUUAUUCAGGCGUUUCAGCAUUAGCACCUUGGCAUUAAUUUUGGUCAGAAAUAUGUUUUACCACAAGUCUUGUGCAAUUGCUUCAGCAAGCUGUGAAGAGUUCUUUGAACACUUGUCCAGGGUUAAGAAUUGCUGCUCCAGAAACACGAGAGCAUGUCAGCUGUUGUGCCUAACCAACUUUGCCUUUCCCCCUUGACAGAUGGAUAAUGUCCCUUUCUAUCCAAUUUCUUUAGCUCUUGUUGCCAUUGUUUUUGUUGUUUAGGUCAUUGGUGAUUAAAAAUCUGUUAGCAGCGUAUGUUUUCUUGUAAUUACAAUUUUUUUGCAAGGGUAUGUAUUUGAGAUAUUAUUUCAAACAUUAUUUUUAUUAAUGUCUAAAAUCACAAGAUGAAUUUUUUUU